GAAGGGAAAAUAAAACAAAGAACUGAGAAAUAAGACAGUACUGUAAAGCCUGGUGCUUUUAUUUUGAAAUCUCCCCUUGUCGUUCUGUUCCGGUGCGCUGGGGGCGCUGGGGGGCUCUCUGCAGACAAAAGAGCAGCAGAAGUAGAAACUCUACACGUGUGUUCUGGGUCAGCGUGUUGUGAGCAGAGCAGUUCUUUAUUAAUAGUCUAAGAUAAUAAACCAACAGACUUCAGUUCGAAAUGACGAAGGUGAAGAAGGAGAAGCUUCCUGCGGAGGUCGAGGAGACCCCCGAGAAAUCCACCCCGGAGCAGAAGGUGAAUCUGAACCCGAUCUGCCAGCCGCUGGCCUCCAGGAAGCUCAGCAAGAAACUCUACAAGUGCGUCAAAAAGGCGGUCAAAGUGAAGAACAUCCGGCGGGGGGUGAAGGAGGUCCAGAAGUUCAUCAACAAGGGAGAGAAAGGUAUCGUGGUUCUGGCCGGCGACACGCUGCCCAUCGAUGUGUACUGCCACCUGCCCGUCAUGUGUGAGGACCGGAACCUGCCGUACGCCUACAUCCCGUCCAAAGGGGACCUCGGCUCGUCGGCCGGCUCCAAGCGUCCAACCUGCGUCAUCCUGAUCAAACCUCACGAGGAUUACCAGGAGGCGUAUGAUGAGUGCGAACAGGAAGUCAACAGUCUGCCCAAACCCCUGUGAACACACACACACACACACACACACACACACACACACACACACACACACACACACACACACACACACACACACACACACACACACACACACACACACACACACACACAGAGCUCUACGUUUCCAUACAGAUAAUCAGUGUAUGUCUUGUCGGCUAGCAGUUUCUAUCCACUUCCAGUCAUUGUGCUAAGCUAGGCUAACCCUGACCGUUUAUUCCUUUACAAGGUGUAAAUAAACACAUCUGUUCCCACUGGCGUCCCACUGGCGUCCCACUGGCGUCCCACUGGCGUCCCACUGGCGUCCCUGUGGAUUCCAGUAAAUGUAGGGAUUUGUUAAAGGGAUUAAUAUUCAGAUUUUCUUAAAUCACAAACUUUUCCUGAGAUUUUAAAGUUGAAAUUUAGCUUUAAAAACGUUAUGGAUUUGACAAUGGGAAAUAAAGUGUAUUAAACACGUUUUUCUUCAAUAGCGUUUUGAUUUUAAUCUCAGAAUAUUUUCCUUUUAUUUAUGAGAAUGUUCAAGAAUUUUUGGGAGAUUUUUUUUCUUGUAAAUUCCCUGUUUAAGCUCAACAUAUAAAAUUCCAUUAUUGUUGAAGUGUGUUUCACAGCUCCUCUGAAUGUUCCUCCCUUCCCUCGGCUCUGUAUGUCAGUAGCAGUGGCGUCCUGCUCUCCCUGCAGAUCACAUGUGAGUGACAUGAUAACGUGACGUUCCAUCGUCAGCAGGAAGCUUUUAUUUUCUAAAACUGAUUUGGAUUUGGUGUUUCUGUUUUAAUUCACUCUGUUUUUUAAUAAAAUGAAUGUGAACUGAA